UAGUAUUUUUCGGUGUUUCGUAGCGAUAAGUUAACAUUUUGGUCAUUAACGAGUAGCUUCCUAAAUGCCAAAGAAAAAGCACAACGGUUUUUUCCAUUUCAUGAUCGAAUACAAACGUCGUGAAGAAGCUAAAGGCCGUAGAUUUCGCGGUUUCGAAGAUGUGUCGCGGGUUGCUGGACCGAUAUGGAAGAACAUGAACGAAAGCGAACGUGCACCGUACGUAGCAAAGGGAAAGCAGAGUAUUCAAAAAAACGAAGAAAGGCUAAACUGUCGGGGGAUACCGCAAUCAGUACUACUUGCUGAAGAGCGCGCUGCACGGUCGAAAACAGCACUUAUCCGGAACCGCGUAGAAAAGAUGAUAAGCAAUGCAGCCGAAAACAACAUGCUGGAGCGGCUUGAAUUUUAUUUCAUUUCGUUUAGCUACUUCUGUGCCUUAUCCGAUGGAAGAUAUGUUCCGGCCGAGGUUGGCGCCAUCCGCUACUGUAUGGAAGAAGGCGUCAUGGAGAAGUUUCACAUGCUUAUCAAUCCCGGCCCGCUCCCACUGGGAAAAUCCCUCGAAGCGCAGGAGCACUCGAAUAACUUUCAUCAACUGCCAAUACCACCCAAUGCUCUCGGUGAAGCUAACUUUGAGGAGAUAGCAAACAAACUUGCCAUGUUCCUCAAGUUGUCCGGAAAGAAGCUGCCUUUGCUGUUCACAGACCAUAGUGACAUUCCGCAGGUGGAGAGCAUUUUAGAGGAAAUUCUCAAUUCGAACAAGACCGGCAUGGAGAUAGUUGUGUGUCCGCUAGCUCAAAUGUUUUUCCUUUUGAAAAAGUGUGUUUUGUACUACAGUCUCAGUCUGCCAGAGGGCUUCGCGACGGAAAGCAUUCCUCAGACGCUGAUCGAUAGGGACUUGUAUGCCUACACUGAGAACAUCAGCUGUGAAUUUCACGAACAGAAAGGGGAUGGGACGCACUGUGCCCUGUCACGCUGCAUCCGUUGGGCAUACGUUAUCUCAGAUAGCUGCUGCCUUGAUCUACACAUCGAUCUGCAGCCAGGAAAUCACAUGCCACUAAACUGUGUCUCCAUGGCUGACGUUUUCUCGAAGCAGAACAAUACAACAUCGGUGUCAACUACCAACAAUGGUAACUUCCGGUUUGUUAGCGCUGCCAGUGAGGUGAACUCUAGUGCUAUUCGCAACUACGACAGUAGCUAUGCCGGCGUUCCUUCUGGUCAGCGAGCUGAUCGGGAGUCUACGGAAGAUACAAUCACGGACGAGAGUUCUGAAACGCAUCAAAUGCUAACGGCCGGACGGGGUUAUUUGCAUCCAACAGGGAUGAUAGCUCAAGUACGGGGAAUUGGUCGUGGUCGUAGGAUACAACAAUAUGACAAUACCCCUCCAUUGACUUCGAGCCGAAGAUAAUUCCAACUAGAGCUUUGUUACGUUAAAUUUAUCUUUUUUCUGAACUUUACAUGUGUUAAAGAUGUUACGCAAAAAUAACACGUACAAUUUGACGCAAAUAAACAAGGAUU